AUGGCAACGAGAGGCGAUCGCACCCCGGCCAUCCGGCCCCUAGGGCCUCAUGUUCCCCAUGAUCGAGUCCCCCGGCGCGCCAAGCUCGCCGUCUCAUUCUGCCGUUUCCCGCCGCGCGGCGUCCGCGGGUUCGCCGACACAGUGGUGCGCGCCUCCGCCUACGGCAUCGACGAUGGCUACCUAGCGCGGGUUGACGAGGAGCUACUGGUGAUGUGCCAGGUGGGGAUGGCGGCGGGGCUGGCAGAGAUUGAGGUGAUCGCCGGCAUCGAGGGGGUUGACGUGGUGCAGAUGGAGCCGCUGGAUCUGAGCGCGAGCAUGGGGCAUCUGUGGGAUCUGAGGGAUGCGAUGAAGGAGGCGGAGAGGAAAUUGGGGAGGAAUCGAUUUCAUCCAGGAGCAACGUUUUUGCACGACCCUUGUUCCUGUAACCAGCAGACAUACUGCAGUAUCUUCUGCCUGUUAGGGUCUCGUGGAGCAUUCAAUCUAAUCAGAUGGAUUCCAGCACUUUUCAUUUGGAAUACUUGUUGCGGAAGGAAAGCCAUAAUAGAAUUCAAGAUCACUAGGGUGGUAGCUUGUACAAGUGCUUCUUUAGUGUCAUCUUUUCAGAAGGUACCCAGAUGCGUGUGCACAUCUGCCAGUUUAUAUGAAUACAGGGGUUGGCACUCGAGGGCUGCAAAUCCCCAACAUCGCUGCUUUUCCUGGGGACUCAGAUCAGUGGAGAGGCAUGUGGUCGAGUUUCAGAUAACUGAUCCAUAUUCUGGUUUAAGAGUGUUGGUGAUGACAGGCAAUAAUUCAGAAGUGACCCAACUUGUAGAUGACUCCAUUGUAGUUGACAUCGAACGAAACGACCAAGAUUUGCCUCCAGACUUGAUCAGGUGGUUAGAAGAGAGGAAUAUAUCACGCGAUGAUCGUGUAAUGCGCAUGAAAGAAGGGUGUAUCAAGGAGGGCACUGCUUCGAAGCCAGUCUUUACGGGAUUCCAAUGGACCAAGUUUAUACUACCUGCGAGACUAGAAGGUAUACCAUUCAGAUAUGAAGACACUAAGAAGAGUAACGUCGUAGUAGUGUAGCUUGUAAAUUGAUGGGUGCAUUGAGGUCAGGCAUGUGCCAGUUCCAAGAUAUCUCCCCAGUGUUUGUUGGCUGUUGGAAGUGACAGUUGCCUACAACAUGCAUGACCAUGGUCCAAAGUUUAGAAUGGUUUGAAGUUGGAGAUGUUUUCCUCGACUUCUAUAGAUUUUUUGGUUCCUUCCUCCUUCUUGCUUUUGUUCCUUUUAAAACACUUUUUAA